GAGUUUGAAGAAGAGCUGCUUGUACAAGUUAAAACCGAGGAAAGAGCAACCAAAAAGAGAACAGCCACAGAAACAAAACAAAACAAAAAAACUUUUAAAAAGUAGAAUUUUUAAAAAAAUGUCUCUCUUUACUAAGAUCUUGAAAGCCCACUACAAACCAACGUUAGUGCCAGAAUGGAAUGGGAUUUUUGAUCGCCUAGUUUUUGUCAGCAGGUUUCACCAGCUGCCCAAACUUUGUGGCAGCCAGAACCUGGAGGUACGGAAUAAUGCGGCAGGAGCAGGAGCUGAGGACAAAGAAGAGGAGGAGAUGGUGGCGGCAGGGGUAAGGAAGGUCCAGACGGCCACUCCGCAGCGACAACAUCUAAAGGUGAAGACCCUGAAAGAAAUGCCAGGGCCCAGAACUCUGGCUAACUUGGUGGAAUUCUUCUGGAAGGAUGGCUUUAGCCGUAUCCACGAAAUCCAGCAAAAACACACCCUCGAAUAUGGAAAAAUCUUCAAGUCUCAUUUUGGACCUCAAUUUGUAGUAUCUAUUGCAGACAGAGACAUGGUGGCUCAGGUUCUCCGGGCUGAAGGAAUCACUCCCCAGAGAGCCAAUAUGGAAUCCUGGCAGGAAUAUAGGGAUUUACGAGGGAGAUCAACUGGACUCAUUUCUGCGGAAGGUGAGCAGUGGUUAAAAAUGAGAAGUGUAUUGAGACAAAGAAUUUUGAAACCUAAAGAUGUGGCUAUUUUUUCUGGAGAAGUCAACCAAGUUAUUGCUGAUUUGAUUAAAAGAAUCUACGUCCUCAGGAACCAGGAAGCAGAUGGAGAAACUGUGACUAAUGUUAAUAAUCUUUUCUUCAAGUACUCAAUGGAAGGAGUGGCUACUAUUCUUUAUGAAUGUCGUUUGGGCUGCCUGGAAAACAAUGUUCCCCAGCUGACCAUGGAAUACAUCGAAGCACUGGAGUUGAUGUUUAGUAUGUUUAAGACCACCAUGUAUGCAGGAGCUAUUCCCAAAUGGCUUCGCCCAUUUAUUCCUAAACCCUGGAAAGAAUUCUGCAGAUCCUGGGAUGGACUCUUCAAAUUUAGCCAAAUUCAUGUUGACAAUAAGUUGAAGGACAUUCAGUCCCAACUGGAUAGAGGGGAAAGCCUAAGAGGAGGACUUCUUACACACCUCUUAAUUAGCAAAGAGCUAACAUUAGAAGAGAUCUAUGCCAACAUGACUGAAAUGCUCCUGGCUGGGGUUGACACAACUUCCUUCACUUUGUCCUGGGCAGCAUAUCUAUUAGCAAAACAUCCUGAAGUUCAGCAGUCAGUAUAUCAUGAGAUCAUUAAGAACUUGGGAAAAAAACACAUUCCAACUGCAGAGGAUAUCCCCAAAGUACCACUGAUCAGAGCUCUGCUCAAGGAAACCCUAAGGUUAUUUCCAGUUUUACCAGGAAAUGGGAGAGUAACCCAAGAAGAUUUGAUUAUUGGAGGGUAUCUAAUUCCAAAAGGGACUCAAUUGGCUCUAUGUCAUUAUGCUACAUCAUAUGAAGAAGAAAAUUUCCCAAUGGCAAAGGAAUUCAAACCUGAGCGCUGGCUGAGGAAAGGAAAUAUGGACAGAGUAGACAACUUUGGUUCCAUUCCCUUUGGUUAUGGCCUCCGCAGCUGUAUAGGAAGGAGAAUUGCAGAACUAGAAAUUCACCUUGUAAUGAUACAGUUGCUUCAACAUUUUGAGAUCAAAACUUCUCCUCUAACUAAAACAGUUCAUGCAAAAACCCAUGGGCUUCUGACACCUGGAGAGUCCAUUAAUGUGCGAUUUGUUACCCGAAAAUGAGACUUGCUUUUUUUAGGAUGAUAUAGCAGAUUCAGCAUGGAAACUGGCUUAUGUCUCCCUGAUGUAGGCCAGGGGUUCUUCUGUGCCGCUGAUCACUUGAGGAGAAUAAGUAAAAGGAUCAUUUCCAGAGACUGCUUGAUUAGAGAAAGACCUACCACUUACUUUGCACAAAAGAGAACUACAAAUCUUUAUAUGGUGUGAUGUAAAAGAAAAUUUAUAUUUUACCUUUUCAUUUCAGAAGCUUUGUUGAAACAUCUAUUGCUGGCAGUAGGUGUUUAAGAACUAAUGGCAUUGAAUUUGGAUGUCACCUGUAUUGUCUUCCAUUUGAGUAGGCAAGAAUAUUUAAUUAACAAUAAUAUUUCUGUUCUUUGGGCAAAGAAAUGUUGGUUGUAUUUGUACUUGCACAUUUAUUUCUCAGAUGGAAAAUAUAAAGUAUGUAAAUUAACAUUGACCAAAGACUAUAUAUUAACAGGAAAUUUCCAUUUCUUUUUUUCCAAUUUUAACACCAUAAGUUGGAGGAGGAAAAGUUAAUUAAAUAUUAUCAUUUUGUCCUCGAGCCCCAGAUUAGACAUCAGUACAAGAAAUUUGUAAAACCAAAAAAGCUAGAAUAUUACUCUUCUCACAGUUAUAAUUGAAUGAAUUUAGGCAUAAAUCUUUGUUUAAAAAAAGAUGAUGCUGGGUAAGCAUUAUUAGAAAUAUUUUUUAAGAAAAGGGUAAAGAAAAGAGAAUUUUCUUGAUGAGUUUUAACUGCUGGCCUAGAUAGUCAUGAAAACUAAAAAGUAAAUCUCAGCCUGUGAAAUUGUUUUGUUAGGAAAAUGUCAACAAAAUGUAAGCAUAAUGAAACCUUAUGUUACCUUUUGAAUCUCUGGAACCUUUUCUGUUUACAUUAUGAGCAGAUCAGUUAAUGAAAGAAAAAAUUUAAUUAGAAUUUCUAAUUUAGAAUUUUGAGCUGAAAAUGCCCUUAAAGACUAUUUAGUGGAAACAUCUUAUUUUAUUAAUAAGGAACUGGAGAGCUAGAGAGUCUAAAUAGCAAGAUUAUUUUAAAUGAAAAGACCAGAAGCUCCUAUUAGAGUUGAGACAAAGCAUCUGUGUUCCCAGCGUAUAGGCUGCAAAUUGUGUCCCUCGUGUAUUACUAUCUCCCAGAGACUUUAAGCCUUCCCUCUAAUACCUGUGAAUACCACAUGGUGUUGCUGCUGAAAGAAUCUUAGAGACCUGCUCAUCAAAUCCCUGUAUUUUACAGAUGAGAAUGCUGGGAUCCAGAAAAGUGUCUUGCCCUGACAGAGCUCAGUAGCUCAAGAGCUGGGACUAGAGCUAGAUCUUCUGACACAGUCUGAUACUCUUACUUGCCACAGAGGGUAGAAUUUCUUGACAUUUGCAGAGUAGGCAUUUUAAUUCAACAACAAUUAACCUUGUGUAGGACACUGUGAUAGGUCUUGGGGGGAAUACAGUUUCAAUCCCAGCCCUCUAAAAGCUCCUGGCUUAGUAAGAGAAGAAAACAAAAUCCCAAGGAAUAGUAAUACUUGAUAUUCUCUGAAAAGUAUACUAGAGAGUUGCAAAACUAAGUGCUAUCUGAUUUCCCAGGAGAAUCUUAGUUGUCAGCCCUAGGGGGGACCAGGAAAAGCUUCAUGGAGAAAAUGAUACUGGUGCUGGGUUUUAAAAGAUGAAUGCAACAGGUAAUGUGAAAAUCCUUCAUCAGGCCAUCUCCCUUCCACAGAGUAAUUGUUUCUUUGCCCACUCCUCUCCCAGACUUCGCUACAAAUUAUUUUUGUACAUGCCAAUGUACCAUAUCCCUUCAAUAGAAAAGAUUUGAAUAUUUAUGGAUGUUUUGAACCUGUGAUUAUCUCAUCUUCUGCCAAGCUGCCUGUUAUGGCAAUCAGUGAUGGCUAGCAGAGAGGCUUCUUCGUACCAGGAAGGUUGCUUUUUAUACUAUGUUCUGUAGUUUGUUCUGAAUUUCCAGCUCUUUUCAGUUCAGUGUGACUUUUUAUGAUACUUUUACUCAAACACUUCCUUCCAACUAACAUAUACUGUGCAUCUUUCUUCACUUUUAUCAAGUUAGGUCUUAAAAUGAUUCUUGAAUAAAACCAAAAUUAACAUCAAUUUCAUACUGUUCUUGCAUACACUGUUGAAACCCAAAUCUGAUGAUUACAAAUUAACUUUAGUGUGAACUCUGUAAAAAUGUAUAUAAAUAUGAAACUAUGUCAAAUUAAUUGAUUAAGUGUUGGAAUGCUUUUUGAAGCAGUGUUUAGAAAAUUCACAAAACAUUUUAUUAAAAAAAAUCAAAACAUAAAGAAUUACAAACAAA